AGAAGGCAUAGACAAGCUUUCCCUAAAGGCUAGGUGGGGUUUUGUUCUUUGCUAUAAAAUAGAGCUCCUAAAGGUGGUGUUCGACACUCUUCUCAGUUUAGCCUAUGUUUGACACAGACCAUCACACUGCUUCAGUAUGCCUUGGCUGUGUGAAGUCUGAAAGUGUAACAUUUGGAUUCUCUGAGUUUGGAUUGUGUUUGCCUUUUCUUUGCCACUCUGUGGAUUUUCUGAUUCAGGAGCCAUGGAGGUGUGCAUUAAGAGGUAUUUGCCAGGAAUUUGGGUUCUUCUGCAUCUGACAGCUUGCGUGGCAGGGUUGACAGGUAGAUGCAGUCUGUUUGGACGGCAUCACGUUCACACGUUUGAUGGGGUUUUAUAUGAGUUUCCUGGAGAUUGCAGCUACCUACUGGCUGGAGACUGCAACCAUCGCUCCUUCACACUGCUGGGUGAUUUUGUCAGCGGCAAGCGAACAGGGGUCACUCUGUUUCUGGGAGAGGCCUUUGAGCUGCACCUGUCUGUAGACGGACAGCUCUCACAGGGAGAAAAAAGACUCUCUCUGCCAUAUGCAUCCAACACUGUGUUUGUAGGCUCAGAGCUUGGCUUUUAUAAACUCUGGAGUGAGGAGUUUGGCUUCACUGUUACCAUUGAUAAUGCAGCCAACAUCGCCUUGACACUAACUAAACACCAUGCCAACCGCACAUGUGGCCUCUGUGGCAACUUCAACUCUGCAUCAGCUGAUGAAUAUACUGCUCAAGAAGGAUUCCUAACAGAUGAUAGUUAUGACUUUGCAAAUUCAUGGAUGGUGAAGGGGGCCGGACAGUCAUGUCGACGUGUCUCAAAACCCAGCCAGUCCUGCAACAGCACAAAACAGACUUCAGCGAUUAUGUCCAGCUGCAGCAUGUUGCAGACGUCUAGUGUGUUCCUGCACUGUGCCCACCUGGUCUCUCCUGAGGCGUUCAUGUGGCUGUGUCAGGAGGAGGCGUGUCGCUGUGACAAGACGGACGGAGAAAACUGUUACUGUCCAAUCCUGUUGGAGUAUGCUCGCACUUGCCACUCACACGGGAUACUUCUUCAUGGCUGGCUGGCGGAGAGCCAGUGCUUCCCCAAGUGUCCAUUUGGGAUGCAAUACAGUGAAUGCACCAAGUCCUGUUCUACAACCUGCCAUAGUCUCAACAUCCAGGAGGUCUGCAAGGAAGAAUGUAUGGAUGGCUGUACAUGCCCAGUGGGUAAGGUUUUGGACGGUAAUCGCUGUGUGGAAGCAUCUCAGUGUUCCUGUGUGCACAUGGGACGACAUUUUCCUCCAGGAUCAACUAUCUCUCAGGACUGCAACACCUGCGUGUGCCGUCAUGGUUCCUGGGAAUGCACCAAUGAAGGCUGCCCUGGUGAGUGUUUGGUGGUCGGCCAGUCUCACUACAAGACCUUUGACAACAAGUUCUUCACCUUCACUGGUCACUGUCAGUAUCUACUGGCAAGAGACUGCAGCAAAGACAGUGGGUUUUCUGUCAUUAUCGAGAAUGUGCAGUGUGCAGAUGAUCAGGAUGCUGUAUGCACACGCUCAGUGACGCUCAGCCUGCCCUCUCUGGAGGACAUGACAGUGAAGCUGAAGCAUGGAGGAGUUGUUUCUGUCAACAGUAUGGACAUCCAGACCCCAAUGCAUCAUGGCCGUCUGAUUAUCCAAAGAUCCGUCCAGUCUUCUGUACACGUAAAGUUUGGAGAUGACCUUCGCCUAGACUGGGAUGGGCGUGGCCGUGUACUUUUAAAGCUUGGACCACAAUGGGCGGGGAGGACUUGUGGUCUUUGUGGUAACUACAAUGGUAACCAAGGUGAUGACUUCAUGUCUGAAUCUGGUCUGGUUGAGGCGGGUCCUCAGGCCUUUAGCCAGUCAUGGAGAAUCAAUGGAGACUGUGAAUCCACCACCAAACAUGAGACUGACCCUUGUGCCAUUAACCCCAAAAGAGUGCGAUUUGCAGAAGAGGCAUGCUCGGUGAUGAUGUCAGACGUGUUCACUCCAUGUCACUUUCUGGUGAACCCGGCUCCAUUCCAGCGGUUCUGUCGUUAUGAUGUGUGUGCUUGUGAGGACAGUGAGGAGUGCCUCUGCUCUGCUCUGUCUGCCUAUUCAGCUGCCUGCACUGCCAGAGGAGUGCUCCUCAACUGGAGGUCUCCAUCACUAUGCGCACUGGAGUGCACUGGAGGCCAGGUGUAUGAGGCCUGUGGGAGUGUGUGUGACCGGACGUGCCGUGCUCUGUCUGGGGCUGAGGCAGGCUGUGAGAAGGAGAGGGUGUGUGAGGAGGGCUGUUUUUGUCCUGCUGGAAAGUACUUGAGUGACUCUGGUGAAUGUGUAACUGCUGACACGUGCACCUGCCUGCACGAUGGACAGCUCUACCAGCCUAAUGAUGUCUACGCUGAUCACAACAGCAUCUGCUACUGUGAGAAUGGUUCCAUGCGCUGUAGCUCCCCUGAAAAGAGUAAUUUACUGUCUGACCUCUUCUAUGAUGAUGACCUGGCACCAUCCAGAGAGCGCCGGUCAGCCCAGUGCCCUCCUCCACUCAUCCAUACAGACUGUGAUGCAGGAGAAAAAGGCCUUGAGUGUGCCAGGACUUGCAGGAAUCUGGAUCUACCCUGUGUCAGCCUCGCCUGCAUCCCUGGCUGCCUCUGUCCACCUGGCACAGUACGUCACCUCAGAAACUGCAUUGCACCGGAACAGUGUCCCUGUUACCAUAACAACAGGCCAUAUGCAUCAGGGCAGAGCAUCUCUGUGGAUUGCAACACUUGCGUCUGUGAAAACAGGAAAUGGCGCUGCACAGAGAAGGUGUGCGAUGGUGUGUGCCGCACUGUUGGAGAGAGGCAUUUCAUCAGUUUUGAUGGCUUCAAAUAUUCCUUCCCUGGUCUCUGCCAAUAUGUCCUGGUCCAGGACAUGUGUAACGGAGAAGAGGGUUCAUUCAGAGUGCUGGUGAAGAAUGACGGCUGUGGAACUGUUGGACAUCGUUGUGCAAAAGCGAUUACGAUCUUCUACCAGGGAGGGUUGAUUGUAAUGCAAGAUGGAGAGGUGAAGAUGAAGAAGCCAGUGCUACAUGGCUCACAGGUGGAGAUUGUGCGAUCUGGUCAGUUUUACACCCUGCUGCUUGGGAAAGAAAUCUCCCUCAGCUGGGACAAAGGAACUCGCCUCCUGGUUCACAUCUCAGCCACAUAUAGGGGCAAGGUGUGCGGCCUUUGCGGUAACUUUGAUGGGAAUGUCAACAACGACUUGAUGAGCAGUAACAACCAGCUGGAGGUGGACUCCUCACACUUUGGGAACUCCUGGAAGGUUCAUCCCAGCUGUGCUGAUGUAGAACAGAUAACUGCUCCUUGCAGCGACAACAUUAUCAAGUUGGUAACAGUGGAGCAGUCAUGUCAUGUGAUCACUGGUCCUCUCUUUAGAGAAUGUAACAGCCAGGUUGAUGCAGAGCCAUAUGUAGAGAUGUGCGUGGAGGCAGCAUGCUCUUGUCCGUCAGUGGGCGACUGUGCGUGUUUCUGUGACGUCAUUGCGGCUUAUGCACAGGCCUGUUCAGAGAGAGGUGUAUCCAUCAGCUGGAGAUCCAACGAUCUUUGCCCUGUGAGCUGUGAGGAGCUGAAUCCCAGGAGCCCAGGUGUAGGGGAGGAGUUAUGCCAGUGGAGGUACAAUGCUUGUGGCCCCUCCUGUCCGAUCACCUGCCAGCACCCAGAUCCCCUCCACUGUUCACUCACAUGUGUGGAAGGUUGCCAUGCCUACUGCCCCCCAGGCCAACUAUUGGAUGAGGUGGCCAUGCGUUGUGUAGAUCCAUCUCAGUGUCAGGUGUGUGUCCAUGAAGGUCAAAGAAUCUCCCAUGGCAACAAGGUCAUCCUGAACCAUGAUGACCCUGACCACUGCAAGAUAUGUCACUGUGACAACAACACCCUGAGCUGUGAAGUUUGUGCCCCCUUCAACAUGUUAACCACUACCGCACCAACGCCUACCUAUGCCUUCACGACCCUACCCUUCACUACUUUGAUCCCAGAGAACUCAUGUGACCGUGCCAUGGAUCUGGCAUUCCUCUUGGAUGGUUCAAGUGCCCUGAGUGAAGAUGAAUUUCAGGCAACCAAAGACUUCACACUGAGAGUGGUUGAACGAUUCCGCAUGGGGUCAGCUCACACUCGAGCCACAGUGCUGCUUUACCAUUCUAGAGUCAAAACAAAUGACCUGCAGGUUCAGAAGUGGCUCUUUAAGAAAGCUGUGCGUGAGCUGCAUUACACAGGAGGAAGUGCAGCCUUCUUGGAUGAGGCUGUCAAGUAUCUGUCUAUCAAUAUCUAUGAUAAGAACAAGCGUGAGCAUGCUGGCCGUGUUGCCAUCAUCUUGACUGCUAGUGAGAACCCUCGUUCCGUCCGUACCAUGACCAGGAUGCUCCGCAAGAAACCCAUCACCAUCCUUACCGUUGCAUUGGGUCCUGGCGUGAAUAUGGGGCAAAUUAACGAGAUCACCAAGGUGAACCCAGAAAACAGAGCAUAUGUGCUUAGCAGCACAGGUGAGCUUCCUGAUCGUCUGUUAGAGCUGACAGAUUACCUCUGCACCUUGGGAAUGGAGCCUGAGGUGCCUAAACCUCUGACAACUGCAAAGACCAAGGCUCAUCCAGGCACGACCACCACAACCACAGCUCCCCGCCUGGAGCCUAAUCCUACAAAACACCUUCCCAAGGCCCCUAUGUCUACCACACCAUCUGGUCUGUCUCCCAUCACCACAUCGUCAUCUCUCAUCUCUCCAGCCACAGAUGUGACAUUCAUUGUGGAAGGCUCUGAUUCAGUUGGCGAGGUCAACUUUAACAAGACACUCGUCUUCCUGGAGAAGGUUAUCUCACAGUUAGCGGAGGAAAAAGAGCUCAUUCGUAUCACUGUGAUUCAGUACUCAGUAACAGUCACUGUGGAGAUCAGUCGAUGGGAGAUAAGGCGGCAGAGGUCCCUGUUGAUGCAACGACUGAGGGAGAUUCGUUGGAGGGGUGGAAGUAAGACAAAUACAGGCACAGCUGUCACUACGUUUCAAGAGAAGCAUUCACGUGGCCCCACCGUUCCCCAGCUGGUCUUCCUUGUGACAGAAAACCCACCUACUGACACAGUGACACGCCCACCAUCUACAAGCACUUCCACAUACGUUUAUCCCAUUGGUGUUGGACCAAAAGUACAUGACACUGAUCUGCUACCAUUCAGCUACCCUCAACGUCCAAUUAUUGUCGAUCACUACUACAAUCUGACAACCGUAGUCCACCGUGUUGUCAAUAUCACACGCACCACAGUCAGGCACCACACUCCACUACUGGUCCUCCCAACACUUGCCAGCCUGCCACCCUCAGUGCCAUGUAAGAAGCCUGUGGAUGUGUUGUUCCUGUUGAAGGCUGGGAAGCAGAUUGAGGACAUGAAGACAUUUGUCAAAGCUUUCAUAAACAAUGCUGACAUAGGGCUGAAUGGCACUCAGGUGAGUGUUGUUCAAUAUGGAGACACUAACACAGCAGAGCUCACCUGGAAGGAUGAACAGAGCAAAUCCCACCUCCUGAACCUGGUGGAGAGCAUACCAAGCAGGACCACUGCUGCCCCUGCACUAGGCUCUGCCCUGCGAUUCGCUGUGCAGACGGCCAUCUCGACAGUCAGUGGCGGAAGAGUUGGUGUGGCAAAGGCUGUGGUGAUGCUGGUGACUGAGAAAUCAGUUGAUGAUGUCAAACCAGCAGCUAACGAGGCGCUAGCAUCAGGUGUGUCAGUUUUCCCCAUCGGGGUGGGACCAGACUAUGACACGAAUGAGCUUAGAGCCCUUGGCCGCCAUGGCAACCAAGACAACACUCUGCACUUGAACAGCAUUGAUCAAUUACUGAUGUUGCUGACUCUGGAUCAUGGUUACACAGAGAAAAUCUGCAGAGCUGGUCCACCAGGACUGUGUGUCGAUGAUAAUGGAAAUGAGAGAAAGCCUGGUGAGUCAUGGCUGCUGGAGGACGGCUGUCACUCUGUACUGUGUAACCCCAGUGGGGUAGUGACCGUACAGAGCCACAAAGUCAGCUGUGACAGACUGGAGCCGCCAGCCUGCAGCAACAACAUGCCACCUGUCAGAGUUCAGGAGACCUGUGGCUGCCACUGGGAAUGCCCUUGCAUGUGUACGGGAAGCUCUACCAAUCAUGUGGUGAGGUUUGAUGGAUUGGCACUUAGGUUGGAUAGGGACGGUUUGUGUACAUACACACUUCUCACUGUCAGCAGUGGCAUCAGCGAGGGGUCAGAGGUCAAACUCCACAGUGGACCUUGCCAGGACUCAGCAAAUUACAACCAGGUCUGCAUGAAAGCCAUUGAGGUGAUUCACGGGUCUUAUAAACUGCUGCUGAAAGAUGAUGUGACGGCAAUGGUUGAUCGCAAAGAACUUUCACUGCCUUGGCGGCAUGCUGGGAUAGAGCUGGUGCGUUAUGGAGGAGUAAUGCUGCAGCUUAAAUCAGUCCAUGGCUACGUCCUGACUUUCACUCCUCAGAGCAAUGAGUUUACUAUCACACUGUCCAGCUCCACCAUCACUGGCCAGACUGCUGGACUCUGCGGUGUGUGUGGGGAGGAGAAAUUUAACAUCCUUUAUUUACGUAAUGGCAACUCAACCACUGACCAGCCAGCCUUCAUCUCAGACUGGACUGUGGCUGGAGAUGGCGGUGUGUGUGUGCCAAAGCGGAAGGCAGUGUGUGUGUCUGGAGCAGCGAUGGGAUGUCAGGCCCUACGAUCUGAGGUGUUUGAACAGUGCCACGCACACAUUCCCGUCCAGCUUUUCCUUGCCAAGUGUGAGGAGCAGGCAUGUGAGGAGUCAGACGUGUGCGAGCUCAUUUCUGCCUAUGCACGCCUCUGUAGACAGAGUGGCGUGUGCGUUAAUUGGAGGAGCCCACACCUCUGCCCGUUACAUUGCCCCAGCUCCAUGGAGUAUGAUGCAUGUCGGACAGGAUGUGUAGAGGACUGUGGUAGCAUACAGAUGUUUCCAGGGGACUGGUCGGUUGCCAGGAGUAACCAGUCAUCCUGUAUGGAAACACCUACUGAGGGCUGUUUCUGUACUGGAGGGACGGUUUUGCAUCAUGGACAGUGUGUGUCACCAGAAGCAUGCGGACAGUGUGUUGACCAUCAUGGACACACAUAUAUGUACAUGCAGAGUUGGGUACCAGAUGAGAACCCAUGCUUGAUUUGCAUGUGUUUAGACCAACAACACAUCAACUGCACUGCGAGGCCCUGCAACGACGUCAAAGCUCCAGCAUGUGGACCCUGUGAGAUCCUGAGGGAAAGGAGAGGGUCUAAAUGUUGCCCAGAGUAUGAGUGCGUGUGUGAUGUGGUGAAUUGUGCUCUACCUGAAGCGCCCCGCUGUCAGGAUGGUCAGACUGUGGUUCUGAAAAACCCCGGGGAAUGCCAGCCUAUACAUGAGUGCGUCUGUAAAAAGGAAGUAUGUGUCCUUCAGUCCCUCCCUGCUUGUCCUGCACACCGACAACGGUCAGUGAAAAAGACACAAUGCUGUGACGCUUUUGAAUGCACGUGCAACUGCCAGAACUCCACUCGCACCUGCCCUGCUGGGUUCAUCACGACCUCCUCCACCAACGACUGUGGCUGCACAGAAACCAACUGUGUGCCAGACAAGGUGUGUGUGGUUGGUGGCGUGAUUCACCCAGUGGGAAGUGACUGGAAGGAAGGCUGCGAGAAGUGCAGUUGCUCCCAGUUACAGGACAAAGACACAUUACUGCACAUUGCUCAGUGUACCCCACCUGUGUGUGAUCGAACCUGCCCUCAGGGCUCCACAUACACUCUAUUAAAUGGAGAGUGCUGUGGGAAAUGCACACCAACCAGCUGCACAGAGUCAAGGGGAGACAUGCGAGGGGACACACUGAUUGGGGGGGUCCUCAGACAAGUGGGAGAGGUAUGGCAGUCUCCACAUGAUAAAUGUGUGUUGCAUCGGUGUGUCAAAAUGAAAGACGAGGUGUUCAUCACCACUGAAAAUGUCAGCUGCCCCGUUAUGGACACUCCUUCCUGCCCACUGGGAACAGAGUUACGCUGCAACACCCAGGAUUGCUGCCCCCUCUGCCACUGCGCUCCUAUGAAUGCCUGUGUCUACAAUCACACUUUGAUAGGAGCAGGGGAGAGGCUGAUGGUGGAUUUGUGUACACACUGUGAUUGUAUGGUGGAGGGCGGUGUCGUGAGGAAAUACAGAUUGUCCUGCAAGAGAACCACCUGUCCCAAUUGCCCUAUGGGAUACACUCUGCAGAAGGAGGAAGAUGCUUGCUGUGGUCGAUGUGUCCCCACUGCCUGCGUCAGCACAAUGCCAGAUGGAAGAGUGAUCAGUGUGAAGGUGAACACUACUAGUGAGGACGGUUGCAGCCUGUAUCACUGUGGUGUAAACAGUAGAGGAGAUCUUGUCCUGCAGACCAAAGUGACCACCUGUCCUCCUUUUAACCGCCAAGCUUGCCUUGACCACGGGGGUAAAAUCAGCCAGAUCGGAACAACCUGCUGUGAGAUGUGUACUGAGCCAGAGUGUCGGAGCACACUGGGAACGCUUAACUACAUCAGAGUGGAUGACUGCCAAUCAGAGCAACGGAUAGAACUGCACUACUGUGAGGGCAAAUGCCGCAGUAAGUCCAUGUAUUCCCUGGAGAGGGCCGCUGUGGAGCAGGACUGUGUGUGCUGUGCUGCUGUGGAGACCGAGCCUCUCAGCGUUCCUGUCAUGUGCGCAAAUGGCACUCGUAGUCACCACACUGUCCUGUCUGUCACUGCAUGCGACUGUUUGUCCAGACACUGCACCUAGAGAGAGAGAGAGAGAGAGAGAGAGAAGGGGGGGCAGAGUUCUAAACAUGUUUAUUCAAUUAAAAUCUACCUGUAUCAGAAGUAACAUAAAUGGCUUAAAUGCAUUACAUAUACAAAGUAACAGCACAAAUAAUAAAAUAAACCUGUCAGUUUCUGUAAGCAUUA